AUGGACCAUCUUGCCGCGAGCCAUGCAACACCUCCCACCUCACCUGGUGUCCACUCGCCCAUGCACCGGCCGAGCACCGCAAAUAUGCGCAAUCACAGCCGCAGUCAGAGUCGCAUGGCCGACGUGGGUAGUCGGACCAGUGACGACGACGUCAAUCGCACGGCCGUGAAAGUUGCUGUGCGAGUCCGACCGCCGCUGAAGCCCUCCGACCCUGCAUUCGACCUCAUUCCCCAGCGCUUUCGAGAGAGCACUUGCGAGGUGGUCGACCCGACGAAUCUUUAUAUUCAGGGUACUCGUGACAAGGAGCAUUUCAUCUUCGACCGCAUCUUUGACGAGCAGACUACGCAAGAGGGCGUGUGGGAAUACUUGAGCGACAGCGUGACGUCGUUUGUCAAGGGUUACAAUGUUUCAAUCCUGGCAUAUGGACAAUCCGGCGCCGGAAAGUCUUACACCAUGGGCACUUCUGGACCGCAGGAGCAGGAGGAUCCCGAUGUCAAGGGCAUCGUACCUCGAGCGGCCCAAGCAUUAUUUGAACAAUUGAAUGGGCCGGCGGCGCGCCCUUCAGGACUUCAGACCCCCAAGCGAUACUCAGUACAGAUGCCGAACAUUGCGGGCGUGGCGCGAGGCGCGAAUGGUGCACCAAAGACCUGGGAGCUCAAGGCGACCUACGUCGAGAUCUACAAUGAGCAGCUACGUGAUCUCUUGUUGCCGGAAUCGCAAGAACGCGGACAGGUUGCCAUUCGGGAGGACACCAAGGGCCGCAUCAUGCUUACUGGCCUGACACAGGUCCCGAUCAAUUCCGCCGAAGAUGUUCUGAACGCACUGAACUUUGGAUCCUCCAUCAGACAGACUGAUUCCACAGCCAUCAACGCACGGUCCUCCCGCUCGCACGCCGUCUUCAGCUUGAACCUCGUUCAAAAGAGGACGGAUGUCCCCCCUCUGCCUACACCUAAAGCCGAGAAGCGCAGAUCUGUACCCAUUGAUCAGCUUGCUGGGGUGGAGAAUGUUGUGACGAUUGACAGCAAGUUGCACUUUGUCGAUCUGGCCGGUAGUGAGCGCCUGAAGAACACGGGCGCAACCGGAGACAGAGCAAAAGAAGGAAUCUCCAUCAACGCUGGUCUUGCAAGCCUUGGAAAAGUCAUUUCCCAAUUGUCCAAAAAUGCCAGCGCACACAUCUCAUAUCGAGAUUCCAGGCUUACACGGUUAUUGCAAGACUCUCUCGGCGGCAAUGCCAUAACGUUCAUGGUUGCUUGCGUGACACCUGCAUCAUUCCAUUUGAGCGAAACCUUAAACACUGUGCACUAUGCACAGCGCGCGAGGAAUAUACAGAGUAAACCGCAGAUCCAGCAGACCCACGAAGAUGGCGACAAGCAAGCUGCCAUCGACAGGCUGCGUGCUGAAGUCGCUUUCCUCCGCGAUCAAAUUCGCCAUUCAGACACAAGCGGUGGGAGGGCCAUGGAGAAGAGUGAGCGGUCUGACCGAAUGCGCGGAAGGGAAACGGAGCUUCACUCGCAACUAUUGGACAUGCAAGAGAACURCAAUGCGCUCAGCCAGCGACAUGCCAAACUAAUUUCAGAGAUAUCAAAAAGCAGGGACAGCGAGGGAGGUGAAACACCCUUGCUCAACGAGGCGAUUGGUGAGCACGCUAGUGAGCGCAUCAAGCGGUCAAAUUCCUUCGCGGAGGCUGUCGAGCAGGUUGUAUUGGAGUACGAAAAGACCAUUCAGAGCCUAGAAAGUUCGCUGUCCAAGACAAGGUCAUCGCUUGCCAGCACCGAGAGCACUCUGCUUGAAAAGGAGACUCGCAUUGCGUACAUGGACACCAUCCAGCAGCAAUUGCAAUCCCGCGUGUCCAAGUACAUGGAGCGAGAGGCUGACAAUGACGACUACACUCGCAAUCUUGAAGACAAGAUGGAAGGUGCGACCACCGAAGAAGAGCGCAACGCAACCCUCAUUGCCGAACUUCGCAAGGAAGUCGCUCGUGCUCGAGACAGCGAAGUGGGCGCAGAGGAGUAUAUUUCGACGCUCGAGGAACGUCUCGCCGAGGCCGAGCAAGAUCAAGAAAUCAUGCAGCGCGAAAUCGACCGACUUGAGCACGUUAUUGAACGGCAGAGGAGCAUCGGGAGAUUGGACAAUCUCCUUGGGGAGCUCGACGGCGUCCGCGGCGGCGAGCCAACGAUGAAUGGCAAGCGAAGUCAAUCUCCGCGAAUAGGGCUCAAGACGAAUGGUCAAGGCCCGGACCACUACGAUCCAUAUCGAACAUCCACAGUCACCGCCUCCAGCAGUGACGAGUUCGAAAAGAUCGAGGGUAGCGAUUCCGAGAUAGCUGGCCAGAACAGGGAGUCUUCGACCACAGCACCGCCUCGCAGUCCAKCCCAAAACGAGUUCAUGGCCGAGAAGCUGGAAGAUCUCACACAGGAAUUCUUCGAUCUGCGCUCUGAGCAUGAAACUGUUCUCACCGACUACGAUGUCCUCCAGCAAAAAUACCGCACGGCGUUGGAGACCCUCGCGAAGCUUGAAUACGGUAAAGAUGAUCCCAAAGUUUCACGGACGGUUGAAAAUGGCCACGACUCUUUUUUAGCAGACGCGGGGAUGAAGGACGAGGAAAAGGCUAUCGGUGGACAGCCUUCAUCCUCGCGGUCGUUGUUGGAGGAGCAGUCCUCGCAGGAGUUGCCGAGCAAUGGCGCAGAUCAAGUGAAGGAGCGAAAUCCUCCAACCCCUGAAAAGGCUGCAAGCCCAAAUGGGGAAGAGGCUUUGAGUGGUCUUUCCCCAGUCGACCAGGAUAGCAUGCUCCAGGAAAUGGAGACGUUGAAGAAGCUGCACGCCGAAAAGGAGGUUUCAGUCACGGAGCUGACCAGAAACUACAUGAGUCUGGCUCAGCGACACGAGGCUACCCUCUCCAGGGUUGAGGACUUGAAGCAGGAGGUCCAAAAAGCGCAUCGGGCAUCGUCUCCUACGGGAUCUCCUUCUUACCCAAAGAAUUUGCGCAGAAGAUCAGAAGAGUUGCUCAGUGGGGGUACCGAUCGUGCAUCCAGAUCACUUGUCUCGUUGAAAGCACUUGUGUACAACAACUUCGAGGGGCAAGCGGAUGUACGGGCGACCUUCGAUCAGAACCUGAACAACGUCAUGGCUGAGCUUCAUGGACGUUCUGAAAGGGUACAGACGCUUGAGGCUGAGAUUGCCGCCGUCAAAAAGGAGAUGGAAACGAAGCAGACAAUCAUUGCCGGCCUCACGCGCGAACGCUCAAGUAUGGCGGCUUCGAAUGUGGUGGACUUCUCCGUCGUGGGUCAAAUGCGCGACCAAUUGAUGGAAAGUGAGAACAAGAUCCGCAACCUUCACGAGCAGCACGCGAGUAGAGAGAAGGAACUUCAAGAAGAAGUCGACAGCCUCAAGGCUUCCCUGGCCGAACAUCAGAAGAUGUUCAGUCGAGACUCACUGCCGACGCCGAACCCUGACCUUGCACACAUGCCUGGCGAAUUCCCUGCGACUCCGCUGCCUCUGAGCAACGGGGGAGAGGUGUCAGAAGACCAAGCAAUGGCUAGCGCUGCAGCGGCAGGUGCUUCGCAUACCAGCGACGAUGACGACACUGUCGCCAGGCUGCAAAGUGAAGUCGCCGCUUGGGAAAGCAAGCACCGCGAGGCGGUUGAAAGCAUGACUGCUUCCCAGAACAACCUUCUGAAAACUAUUGCGGAGCUGCAGGAAUCUUUGCAUAUUGCGGAAGGCAGCGAUGCAACCCGGGGUCCAGUCGACAACAUCGACGAAGCACUCGAUCAGCAGCGCAUGAAGCACGAAGAAAUCGUUGGAUCGCUAACGACUGAGCUUGAGAAGCACCGGACCAUUGCUGACGAGCGCGUCGCGAAACUCGAUGAGCUCCAACAGGCUUAUGAUCAGAUCGCACUGAAGGUCCAAGAUGAAGAUCGAAUUCAGGGCGUCACCGAAAAGGAGCUGGCCACUCACAAGGAUUUGGUUGCGAAUUUGGAGAACCAGCUCCAAGUUCACAAAUCGGCCAUCACUAUUCAUCAGGAAAGUCUGGAGUCUUUACAGUCCUCGCAUUCCAAGGAGAUUGACGAGCUCAGAGAAUCAAUGGAGAGUCUUGAACGAGAAUCAAGAGCCAAGUAUGAGGCACUGGAGGAGCACUACGAGAAAAUCACUUCCGAUCUCGAGAGAGAGCUCAGCGAAGCGCAGGGCAAAGUCACCAACCUACUUCUUGACGCCUCGGCGGCUCUUGGGUACGAGACCAGUGCAUCGAAGCUACGAACGCAAAUCAGAGGCUUGGUUGAUGAGGGCAAAGAGCUGCACGGACGGCAUCUCAAGUCAACGAACGAUCUCAAAUCUGUUCAAGAGGAGCUUCAAAGCGCCAUUAGCCGUUCAGUUGCAAUGGAGAGCGAAAUUGGCGAGUUGAAGAUGGUGAACGAUGAGCAAAGCCUCAAUCUGGAGAAGAUGACCGACAAAUACCAGAAGAGCUCCAUGCUAUGUGAACAGCUCGAGGAACAGCUGAACUCCACCUUCGAUACGCAUCAGGCGACUAGCAAUCGUCUGUCGACGUUGCAAUCUGAGUCUGGUCAGGCUCGAAUCGAAAUUGAGAAAGAGUUGAAGGAGGCUAAGUACCGAAACAGCCAACUGGAACAACAACUCGCUGCAUUCAAGCACAUGUCCAUGGCCUCCAACGGCUCUGCCAGCUUGAACCGGGACUCACUUUCACCAGAGGCCGCAUCGGUCGCUCUUGCACGCUCAAGUUCCAACCCUCCCAAGUCAGGUGCCGUGCUGCCUACACCUCCUCCUUCAAUUCCGCUGCCACCACUCCCACAGUCUCCCACCUCUGGCAUCCCGCCGAUGGAAGCCCUCGAUGGCACGGUGUCUCCUACUCGAGGCAUGUCGCCGACCGGGAACUCCCCUCCAAACUCACGACACGGCUCCCGUGAAGUGCCGCCAAGCCCUGCAGUCACGCAGCUCCUCGAAGAUCAAGAGGCUCGAAUUCGAACCAUCGAAAAGCAUCUUUUCGCAGAAAAGCAGCUUACCGCCACGUUGGAAGAGGCGCUGGUGGAUCUCGAGACCUCGGCGAACCGUACCAAGUCUGAAAUGGACAACUGGCGCAAGAAGUGCGCCGGGUUGGAAGACGAGCUUGUCAGCUUGCGCAAGGAGCGCACCAACUCCCGGGCAAGCAUGCAGGCCGUGGAGGAAGAGAGGGAGAUGCGCCUGCGAGCGGAGAAGGCUCGUCAAGCGCUCGAGCUGAGAAUGCAAGAGCUCAACGCCAACAAGAAGAAGAAAAAGAGCGGGCUGAACUGCUUCUAG